GGCGCUACCGGCUCCGCGCCGCGCAGGUUCAAGAGCCGCGUGGGGCCGCGCCGGGAGCGGAGUGAGUUACGCUGUACCGAGCUUAACUAAGCCGAGCCCAGCAUGGCCCAGCCGCGCUGCCGCUCGGUGCUCAUCACCGGCUGCAGCCGGGGCAUCGGGCUGGGGCUGGUGCGGGGACUUGCGGCCGCCAGCGCCUCCCCGGACUUUGUCUUUGCGACCUGUCGGUACCCCGAGAAGGCGCAGGAGCUCCAGCAGCUUAGCAAGGAAUACAGCAACAUCAAGCUCCUCCAACUGGAUGUGGUCUGUGAAAACAGCAUCAAGAAAGUGGUCAAGGAAGUGGAGGAAAUUGUGGGAGACAAAGGUCUGAACUGCCUGAUCAACAACGCCGGCAUCAACGUGGUGGCCUCCUUGGAAGAAGUCACAGCGGAGACAAUGCUCACCAUUUAUGAAACCAACACGGUUGCCCAGCUGAUGGUCACCAAGGCGUUUCUACCCCUCCUGAGGAAGGCGGCCCAGCUGGGCACAGGAAUGGGCUGCCACAGAGCUGCCAUCAUCAACAUGUCCUCUCUUGCUGCCUCCAUGCAGCUCGUCCAGGCAAAUGAGAUGUUCCUCAAGGUCUAUCCCUACCGGAUAGCCAAGACUGCGCUGAACAUGAUCACCCGCUGUCUUGCUGCAGACUUGAAAUCGGAUGGAAUUCUCUGUAUUUCUUUGCAUCCAGGCUGGCUUCAGACAGACAUGGGCGGAAACAUGGCUCCCAUGCAGGUGCAAGAGGCUAUUCCGGGUAUCCUCUCCGUUCUGGACCGUCUUGGUGAAAAAGAAAACGGCUCCUUCUUGGACUGGCAAGGGGAGACUCUGCCAUGGUAGAAGCGCAGAGUUUGCUACAGAGACAACGUGUCCGUCACUAUUUAACUUGUACCACUAAUGUCUGUGUCUCCAGGGUUUUAUUCUACACUAGUUGCAAUAGCCAGUCUGAUAGGCAGCCUCCGUCUAGGUGUAUUUGGGAAGUGAGGUGGCUGACUCUUGCAUUUGGUAUCAUUACUGCUCUGUUCCGAUGCUUCCUGCAGAUACUGCUGUGCUUGUAGUGAUGGGUGUCUCCUGGACCCAUCUAAAAUAGAUUAAAAUGUGCAAGCUGAAUCCAGGGAAUAGCUCCUCCUCACUUCCAAAGCCAAAGUGGGGGGUCAGGUCAUUUCCUUCUGCCUCAGAGUAAGGUCAGUGUCCAGUAUGGUCGUUCUGCUGGAGACACGUUGCUGGAAAAGGUCCUUUGUUUUCCUUCAGCCCUGACUGAGCUGAGGCUGAAACUGCCCAGGUCUAAACGAGGUGGAUUUGGUACUUUUGUAAGAAAGUCCCCGCUAACCGCGGUGUGUCCCCGGGCUGACAGCACACACGGGGCACACGCCUUGUUCCCAGUGGGUGACUAGCAUCCCAAUAUUGGGGUGAGCAUGUUGUUUUGUACAUAAACCUCUAAGUGUCUUCAAUAAAAUCUUGUUUAAACAAA